CUCACUGGGAGCUACCACAAGUGCUGAUUUGUUGUUUUCUUCCGUAGCCAUGGAGUGCAAAGACAAAGCUGCUGUUCCUCCACGGAAGCUCGUCCAAGCCCGGCUGCCCUUCAAGCGCCUCAAUCCUGUGCCAAAGGAGAAUCUCGACGUCAGCUCAGAAGUCAAAAAAGUCAAGAGCUCCCCGAGUGCUUUUGCUGCCAGCAAGGAUCCCUCCCUGGAUGCCUCAGGUGCCUCCCUGGACAAUGUGGAGAACGACUGCCAGCUGGGCUCCGACGGGAAUUUGACUCCAAAACUCGUGAACGGGAAAGGUCCCUUGGACCAUUUUAUCCAGAAAACCCCAGGAGGUGACACGAGUGACCCUGGGGGUGCUCCUGAGCCCUCCAGGGACCCUGCCCACAGACCUGGGGACAGCACAGAGCACGGGGCUGUGGAUCCUACAGCUGCUGUGAGCAAUGGCACCAUAGGAAAGGAGCUGGGCUGCCUGAGCCCCGUGCAGAGCAGCCCAGCCGGUGACUCUGUGGGGACUGAGGGGCCCUGUGCAGCUGCAGGAGCUGGGAGCCCCCCACGCUCCAGCCCCACGGCCUGCCAGGAGGCAGCAGGCAGGAAAGGCUCUCAGGGAGAACUGAAGGAUGUGCUCUUUGAGGGGAAGGUGCCCGUGGUGCUGCUGGAGGACAUCAUGAGCCUGAAGUGCCCCCAGGUGGCCUCGUCGGAGAGCGAGGCCCUGGAGUCGUCCCACGAGGGGGACUCGGGACUGACCAACUCCUCGCUGAGCUCUGGGGGCUCCCCCGAGCUCCUGGCACAGAGCAAGGGCAGCAGCAGCAGCCCCCUGGCUGCCUCCACACCUGCCAGGAAGGUACCUCAGAAAUUCCACAGAAGUUCAGCAGAGAAGGAGAAGCUGAGAUUGCAAAGAGACCAGGAGCGUGCGGACAAACUCCUGAAGCUGCAGGCAGAGAGGGAGGAGAAGGGGAGGCUCAAGGAAGAGGCAAAAGCUGCGAAGGAACGAGCCAAGGAGGAGGCCAAGAAGAGGAAAGAGGAAGAGAAGGAGCUGAAGGAGAGAGAAAGGAGGGAAAAGAAGGAAAAGGAGGAGAAGGAGAAAGCUGAGAAGCUGCGAGUGAAGGAGGAGAAGCGCAAGGAGAGGCAGGAGGCUCUGGAGGCAAAACUUGAGGAGAAGAGAAAGAAAGAAGAGGAGAAACGGUUAAAGGAGGAAGAAAAGCGCAUCAAUGCCCAGAAAGCAGAGAUCACCAGGUUCUUCCAGAAACCAAAGACUCCACAAGCCCCCAAGACCCUUGCUGGCUCCUGUGGCAAGUUUGCUCCUUUUGAAAUUAAGGAGAACAUGGUCUUAGCCCCCCUCAGCCGUGUGGCCCUGGAACCAGAGGACCUGGAGCAGCUGGAUAAGCUCCUGCACGCCCAGAAUGCUGAAGAUUCUUUCUUGAAGGAUCUAAAAAGUCGUAAACCACGAAAAACUGGGCCCACUUUGGUCAGUGACAGCAGCGACAGCGUCAACAGUGACGUGGUGGUGGUGGACAGCUGCCAGGCAGAUGGUGUUCCUGAGAGGGAGAAGUUUGGCAGGAUGAAGCUGCUGCAGUUCAGUGAGAAUCACCGCCCUGCCUACUGGGGCACCUGGAACAAGAGAACCUCCCUGAUCCGUGCCAGGAACCCAUGGUCCAAGGACACUAAACUGCUGGACUAUGAAGUAGACAGUGAUGAAGAGUGGGAGGAAGAGGAGCCAGGGGAAAGUCUCUCCCAUAGUGAAGAGGAUGACGAAGAGGAGGGAGAGGAUGAAGAUGAGGACGAUGGGUUUUUUGUACCCCAUGGGUACCUAUCUGAAGAUGAAGGUGUGACAGAGGAGGGUGACCCAGAGAACCAGAAGGUUCGUCAGAAGCUGAAAGCAAAGGAGUGGGAUGAGCUGAUAGCCAAGGGGAAGAGGUUCCAUGUCCUGCAGCCUGUGAAGAUUGGCUGUGUCUGGGACAGGGCAGCAAAGGACAACGGCACCAACCCCGACCUGAAGGUGCUCCAGCAGUUCACAGCCUGUGUCCUGGAUCCACCUGUGCCAGAGGAGGAGCAGCAGACACAGAAAUGUAGCAAAAAAAGAGCAAAAGAUCAGCAAAGAGUGCCCGUGCCCCAGCCCACCCCGCUGGCAGCCAAGAGGAAGGCCAUAGGAAGCAUGUCCAUCACCAAGUUCAUGAAGAGGCCUCGGGGCGCUGAGCAGGCUGCAGAGAUGGAUGGAUUUCAGGCAGACACUGAGGAAGAUGAGGAAGAUGAUGACUGCAUGAUUGUGGAUGUACAGCCAGGAAAAGGUUCCACAGCUUCAGAAUCCAGUGGCACAAGAGCUGCUCACCAGGACAGCAGCAUGGUCAGCCCAUCUAAUACAAUUUGAGACUUUAAUGCUACUAACUCCUCUGUAUGUAUGUAGAAUGAGCUAGGAAGUUUUAAACCUUGUGUAUCUUUGACCAAGAUACUUGAAAGUAUUCCACAUUUCUUGUAAAGAGAAGACAGCACUUUGUUCUGCUUCAGACCAGAUGGAAGCUUAAAUUUUUAGCUUUAGCUUUUUAGCUUUUUUUUUUUUUAAAUACUGCAUAUUAAUCUGUCCUUAAUAAAGCAUUAUUGAAAUUUUGAUACUUCUUUGUAAUGGAAGGUAUCUAAGUUAUCUCUAAAAGUAGCUGAGGGAUUUUGGAAUAAGCUUAUUGUGAUGCCACUGGGGAAUGACUGUUCAUAAUGUUGUACAGCGUGGCCUUGGGUAUAAAUGAUGUACAAUUAUAUAUGAAUUUAUGCUCUUGUA